UUCGACUCCAUGACUCCAUGUGAGGCUUUGGAACGAGCGUCAAUACUGCCCCUUUUUCUUUGUUUUGUUUUGUUUUGCGAAUGAGUCUCUUCCAACUCCGCGUGCACAAUGGAGAAGAUUGAGAAUGACAUUGCGGCCGAGCCGGCGUUGGAGAGCCAGAUCAUCUCCGACGAAGAGGCAUCCACCAGCGGCUUCUUUGCUCGCGCAAACCAGCGGAUCCUCAACCUCAAGCACUUCGAGGCUCGCGGUAUCGAGCGGGUGCCGGAAGAUGAGCGGCUGGAAAAGGUCGGCGCCUCCAACUACCUGCAGAUGACGAUGCUGUGGUUUAGCACCAACAUCACCGCCAACAACAUGGCUCUUGGCAUGCUGGGGCCGCUCGACUAUUCCCUAGGCUUUACAGACGCGGCGCUAUGCGCGACUUUUGGCGCCGUCUUGGGGGCCAUUGGCGUCGCCUACAUCAGCACGUUUGGCCCGGCCAGCGGGAAUCGCACAAUGGUCUUGGCGAGAUACUUCAUGGGCUACUGGCCCAGCAAGAUCUGCACCAUCUUGAACAUUGUGAUUAUGCUGGGAUAUGGCAUGAUUGACUGUCUCGUAGGAGGUCAGAUCCUGUCGGCCGUUGCUGAUGGCGGGCUGAGCGUCAUUGUCGGCAUCAUUAUAAUUGCUGUCAUCUCUUGGGUUAUUGUCGUCUUUGGCAUGUCAACCUUCCAAACAUACGAAAGGUGGGCUUGGGUUCCGCAACUCAUUGCAGCAUUUGUCCUGGUCGGUUCCGCCGGCACCAAAUUCGACACCUCUAUCCAGUCAACUGGAAGCGCGUCAACCAUCAGGGGCAACCGCCUCUCGUUCUUCUCGCUGUGCCUGUCUUCAUCCAUUGCCUGGGCACCCGCAGCAGCAGACUUUUACGUCUACUACCCCGAAAACACCAAGAAGUGGAAGACAUUCGCCAUGACGGCCGCAGGCGUGGGCCUUGCCAUGAGCUUUGCAUAUCUCCUAGGCGUUGGCCUUGCAUCCGGGACCUUUACCCAGCCAUCGUGGAGCGCUGCCAACGACGUGUCUUCUGGAGCGCUCAUCGUCGAAGGAUACCACGGCCUGGGGGGUUUUGGAAAGUUUCUCGGCGUCCUCGUUGCCCUCGGCCUCGUCGCGAACAACAUCCCCGGCACAUAUUCUGCGGCUUUGUGCUUUCAGGUGCUUGGCCGAUACGGCGCGCGAAUCCCGCGAUGGAUUCUUUCGUGUGUCGGCGCCAUCAUCUAUACUGCGUGUGCUUUGGGUGGACGCAACUACCUCUAUGACAUUUUUGAGAACUUUUUGGCUCUCAUGGGCUAUUGGGUUACCAUCUUCAUCGUCAUCACGCUGGAAGAGCACUUGAUUUUUCGUAGAACUCGUGGGUUUGACUGGACAGCUUGGUCUGAUCCUUCACGGUUGCCGCUGGGCCUUGCUGCCUUUGCAGCGUUUAUCGUCGGAUGGGUCGGAGCCAUCUUAUGCAUGUAUCAAGUCUAUUACGUUGGUCCCAUUGCCAAGCUCGCCAGUCCAACAGGGGCUGAUCUUGGCAUUUGGGUCGGCUCAUCAUGGGCCAUGAUUGUAUUCCCCCCAUUGCGCUGGCUGGAACUGCGCAAGAUUGGUCGAUGAAGCCUAUUUACGACAUUUGCAUACUAACAUUUACCGUUGGAACUAACUGGAUAGAAUAUACUGCAUAAGCGUGCAUCACUGCUGAAAUAAUAGAAUAGACAUCUUUUUUUGAAUAUAAACUGGGU